AGAAACGCUCGCUGCCCCGGGUCCAAUAGCGGAGCGAGCUCCCUGGAGGAUGCCGGGAUCUUCUUCUUCACUUUAAUCCACGGACCAUAGUUGUUUUUGCUCUCUCUCUCCCCCGUCUCCCUUUUUCUUUCUUUCGCCGCUGCAUCAUGAUCUCUGAAUGCAGCAGUUACUACAGCACUGACGGUGUAUUUGUGGACGGUUUCUCCUGCCCCAGACCAGGAAACGCCGCCGCCGCUGUCUACUGCUGCGGAUUUAAUGAUGUUAAAUAUUGCUGCGAUGAUCCCAAUAGUUUUUUCCCGUACGAGUAUGGAUACAUGUGGUGGCUGAGCAUUGGCGCUCUGGUUGGUCUGUCCAUUGCAGCGGUGGUCCUCCUUGCCUUCCUUAUCACUGUAUGUGUCCUCUGCUAUCUCUUCAUCGCCACCAAACCCAGUCGUCCUGACAAUGGCCUACCCCUCAGAAUGCCAGAGGGCGAUCCCCCAGAGGGGCCCAGCCAUGUGAGAGCCGCCUCUGCAUCUGGUCCGCAGGGAUUCAGAAAACACUUUGUGAGCAGGAAGCUGGACUGCGAUAACCAGCCGCCAGACCCUGAGCGUCUGUUCCAGAGAUGUUUCACACCUACGGUCACCAGCGUGAAAGUGGAAAGUCCCCCGUAAGGCCACUGAUGAACUUCUUGUUUUAAAAUGGUACCAGCAAGCCAGAGGCCAAGAGAGACACCCAGGAGCUACCAGGUGACAGCUAUGGCACUAGGAGGAACAGAAACUGACAGAACCUGGUGUGCAGUGGAGUCAUGGUGGUGGAGUAAAAAAAUACAUUUAUAACAUUAUAAAAAGAACUAUUCUCAGUGCUGUAAACCACACAAUCACAAACUAAGAGGGCUCUGAAAUCUUAUGCCUUUAAUAAUGAAUUACUUUCAAGUGCUAAAUUUCUCUCCUUUGUGCAGCAGUAAUUUAGAGCAUAUGACAUGAAAUGAAGCAUUCUCCAUCUUCUUGGGUGAGAAUGCAUAUAAUUGGCUUAAGACUGAUUAAUAAUUGUUCAGUCACUAAGGCGAGGGAAACAAAGGGUGCAGGCUGAGUGUUUGUUGUGGUACAGCUUACAUCCAGGAUGUGCAGUUUCAUGUGCACCUAGGAAAGAUGCUGAGGAUGAGGCAGAUGGCAACAGCAACAACAAAAAAUCUAGCUACAUCAACACAACAGCUGAGCCUGGACAUUAAGGUUGUGCACCCUUUAUAGUUACAUCUGCUACAUUUUACUCAGGGAAUGAGGGAUUUGUAGGGAGGAACGAUAGACAUGAGACUGUCCUGACACACACACACACACACACACACAAAAAGAAAAAAGAAAAAAACACAUUUAGGUUGGGAUGGAUGGUUGGGCAUGUCUGAUGUCUUAUGAUGACUUAUCCUGACUUCUACCAUCUUUCUUUUAAAUUAUUAUUUUUCUUUAACCAUGACCACAGCAUUUCCCUAAACUUAACUGAAGAGGAUUCUGCUGCAAAACUAAUCCCUGUUUAACUCACACAUCAAUUGACAUUAAAUAUUUGUUAAAUCAGUGACACCAAAAAUGUGAAGCUGAAUGAAGCUGUAAAACUGAAGCAUGAAUGAAAUGUCAGUCCGCUAAUUCAAGUUUAACAUCAGUGCUGAGCUAAAGGCCUGCACACACCAGGAUUUAAUUGGCAACAAACUCAGUUAAAGUCCACUGUGAUCUGAAGAUCCACUCAAAUGUUCAGUGUAUAGUUCAACUUGACCUGCAAGUUUAUGCUGUUGACAAAUAGCAACCCAGGACAGUUCUGACCUUUGUGGGCAACAGAGUAGCUUAUGAGCUGUGUUACACCAUCCACUUUUGUUUAAAUUCUUCUGUCAGAGUAAAAAUUGUUCCACAAAAGAGUAGUAUUUUGCUGAGUAAUGACACAGGCUUCAAUGGUACAAACUACUCAGAGGUAGAUUUAUUUUCCCUCUUUAAUUACUUUAAAAAACAAAAA